AGCGUAUUGAAGCAGAACAAAAAUUUAAAAAAAUACAAGAGGCUUAUGAAUAUUUAAUUGUUAAUCAUAAAGAACCAAAAUCUAGAAAACAAAAGACAAUCCCAAAGAAAAAACAUGAAAAUAUAUCAAUUCCAAAGAAAAAACGUGUAUCAAAACCAAAGAAAAAAAUAACUAAUAAAGUUACCAAAGAAUUAAAAGAAAUAUUUAAAGAUGUGAUAGAUCAAAAAAUUGAUCAAUAUGUCAAUACUUUAUUAGCUAAUAUAUUAAAAUAA